CCAAAAUCCGGCAAAAUGGUUGAGUGGACAGACUUCGAGCGCUCCGCCAUCGCGGACAUCUUCUCCAAGAUGGAGUACGAGGUUGUGGGCCCCGCAGCUCUUUCCAGGUGUCUGAUCGUCUACCCCUGGACUCAGAGGUAUUUCGGCAACUUUGGAAACCUCUACAACGCUGCUGCAAUCCAGGGAAAUCCGUUGGUUGCAAAACACGGAACAACUAUCCUCCACGGUCUGGACCGGGCUGUGAAGAACAUGGACGACAUCAAGAACGUCUAUUCCGAGCUGAGCGUGCUGCACUCCGAGAAACUGCACGUGGACCCCGAUAACUUCAGGCUGAUUUCCGACUGCCUGACCAUUGUGGUCGCUUCUCGGCUGGGCAAAGAAUUCACUGGUGAGGUCCAGGCAGCUUUCCAGAAGUUCCUGGCCGUGGUGGUGUCCGCCCUGGGAAGACAGUACCACUAGAGAGAUUCAACAGAGGACCAUCAAUGAUCAUUUGCUUAAAAGUUCUUUGUUUUUGUCUCAAAAGCAAAUAAACAAUGAACAAA